AUGACGGGAGAGAACUUUGUUUCCAACCCGAGCUUCGCCAAUGAGACGUCGAACGCGUACUUCGAACAUGCCUCUGGCCUGCGCGUGGACACCAAUGCCGUCUUGAUCGAAGCUAUUCGCCGCGAGUAUCCUCAAUUGCAUCUGACUGUCACACCGGUGAACUCUUGCAACCUCAUGGCCUUCGCUGCUUCUGGGGAAGCUGCUGUCGCUCCGAUAGAUAAGGAGAACGAUCGUUUGUACCUUCGAGACUUCGUACCGCCAGCCAGACGUCUUACCGGAGAAGACGGACGUCUAGUUGAUAGUGUCAAGUUUGGCAAGUUUCUGAUCGACUGGGAAGGCAAGGAGUAUGUCGUUUACAUCGCUGAGGGUCGUGACGGCCAAAAUUCUUAUCCGAUCGUCCGAAAUCAGUACAUCUUGUCGUCCUCGAUUCACGCAACCGAGAAGCUCCUUCUUGAGGCUGGACGCUUCACCAACAAUGUCAAUGGAGCGGUCCUCGUUUUUGACCAAGGCUACUGGCAGAAGAACCACGAGUUGUGGGAUAGUAUUCAGCAAGCCGAAUGGAGCGACGUCAUCCUUGACGAAGAUAUGAAGAAGGAUCUGAUCAGGACUGUUGACAACUUCUACAACGGCCAAGAUACAUACCAGAAGCUCAAGGUACCUUGGAAGAGAGGAUCAAUCUUUUGGGGUCCUCCGGGCAAUGGAAAAACGAUCAGUAUCAAGGCUCUGAUGCACACGCUCUACCAACGCAAGGACCCGGUUCCUACCCUCUACGUUAAAUCGCUCGUCAGUUACGGUGGCCCGGAAUACUCACUCUCCUUGAUCUUUGGACAAGCUCGACGUUAUGCGCCCUGCUUCCUCAUAUUUGAGGACCUGGACUCCAUCAUUACCGAUCAAACGCGCAGUUACUUCCUGAACGAGGUGGAUGGUUUGCGUUCAAAUGACGGAAUCUUCAUGGUUGGGUCCACAAACCAUCUCGAUCGUCUGGACCCUGGAAUCUCCAAGCGUCCAAGUCGUUUCGAUCGCAAGUACCUAUUCCCAAACCCAAAUCAUGAGCAGCGCGUAAAGUAUGCGCAGUUUUGGCAGGCAAAACUAAAGGACAACAAAGAUGUUGAGUUCCCGGAUAGAGUCUGUGAGGCAGUCUCGUCUAUCACGGAUGGUUUCUCCUUUGCAUACAUGCAAGAGGCCUUUGUAGCAUCUCUACUCGCUCUGGCAGUCAACGAUAAGGAGGAAGGGCACCACGACACUGACCUGGACAAGCUUCCCUUGUGGCAGCAGCUCAAGAAGCAGAUCAAGAUUCUCAGAGACGAACUUGAGCAGGAUCCAGAACAGGCAAUGAAAGGUCUGAGGAUCUGA